AUGUCGCCUGCCGCCCCUGCCGAACAUGGCGACGUCCGCUUCAUUCCCCUAAGCUACGACAACAGCGACUCCCAACGCUCUGCCAUCAGGCUGAUCCUCACGCUCCUGCCUGAAUGGGCCAAAGACGAGGCCCAUGUCGACUUCGUCCGGUUCACCGACGGAAUCACCAAUACUCUGCUCAAGGCUGUCAAUCGCCGUCCAGGUCUAUCCAAAGCCGACAUGGAACGCGAAGCCGUCUUGCUCCGUGCCUACGGAAACGGUACCGAUGUCCUGAUCGACCGUGAACGCGAAGCCGCAAAUCACGAACUGCUCAUGCAUUACAAUCUAGCCCCCCAGCUCCUUGCUCGCUUCGGCAACGGCAUGCUCUACCGCUUCAUCCCCGGCGCAGUUGCUCAGCCAAAGGACCUCGCCGAUCCCCCCAUUCUCAGAGCCAUUGCGCGAAGGCUCGCUCAGUGGCACGCCACCGUGCCUUGCAUUCCCGACUCUUCGCUCCGCCGAAAAGGUUCUUGCAACGGCGACAGCUCCAACGAUGCCCUCAUAGCCAAGGCCGCGGCGGGAAAACCCAUCCCAACUGUGUGGACGACGAUGCAGAAGUGGAUCUUGGCGUUGCCCACAGACACCGAACCGCGCCGCGAGAGAAAGGCCCUGUUACAGAAGGAGCUGGGGGAGUUGAUUGAACGCCUGGGCCAGCGACCUGGCUUGGGACACGACGGGCUCGUCUUUGCCCACUGCGAUCUUCUUUGUGCCAAUGUCAUCAUUCACCGUGACAACGAGGCGGAGCCCUCCGUUAGCUUUAUCGACUACGAAUACGGAACGCCAUCGCCAGUGGCAUUUGACAUUGCCAAUCAUUUUGCCGAAUGGGUGGGCUAUAACUGCGACUACUCCGCCAUUCCUACCCAUCCUCAGCGCCUUGCCUUCAUCCGCGAGUACAUCAGCACGUAUGCCAAACUGUCGGGUGACAUGAUGGACGAGGAAGCGGAAACCCGCAAGUUGAUGGACGAAGUGGAUCUUUUCCGUGGUGUUCCAGGCUUCUUCUGGGGUAUCUGGUCCCUGAUUCAGGCAACAAUCUCACACAUCGAUUUCGACUACGCCUCCUAUGCCGAGGAACGGCUAGGAGAAUACUGGGCUUACAAAAGUGAAGUCGACGGCAGCCGUGCAGCCUCUGGAAAGGAACCUUCGCUACGAGAAAGGCGUUGGGCAAGCGAUGAGUGA